AUGGGCACGGAGGUGCUGUGGGGCGACGCGGAGAUCGAGAGGGAGCGGGUGAAGCACCUCGACGCGAUCGCGGACGCGCGGCGGGACGCGUCGUUGGCGGCGGCGUGCGAGAUGGCGACGGCGGGCGGCGGCGUCCUCGCCGCCGCCGCCGCGGCGAAGAAGCGCAAGGAGAAGCCGCUCAGCGGCAAGGAGCUCGAAAUUUUAGAGUCCGCGAAGGUUGUCAUGUGGGCGUACAACGCGCCGCUGAGGCAGAUAUCGACGCGGUACCAGCGAUACACCGCGGAGGACAUCGAGUCGGCGCGCGAGCGGCUCGUCGCGGCGCCGACGACGCCGUCGCCGCCGUCGACGCGCGGUGGGACGACGAACGACGUCGACGCGGGCGGCGCGCGAGGAGAUGCCGCGUGCGAGCCGCCCUCCGACGGCGAGGACGAGCCCGUGGACCUCAGCGACGGGUUGGUCGUCGGCGGGUACCGCGGCCUCGUCGUCGAGCGCGCGGCGGAGGGCGUGGACGUGCGGUUGAACCAGAUCGUGACGUCCGUGUCGUACGCGCGACCGGGACCGGCGACGAUGGACGCCGAGGUGAAGAAGAAGAAGACCGGGAGCAGGUUUCCUCGAAGAUGCCACGCGGCGGCGGUCGACGAAUCGAAAUCCGCCGCGUGGGCGCGGGACCCCGGGCCGCCGCGGUGCGUCGUGACGACGGCGACGGGGGAAAAACACGCGUGCGAUUACGUCGUGAUCGCGCUGCCGCUGGGCGUCCUCCAACGCCGCGCGGCUCGAUCAACGGUGGAGUUCGAACCCGAACUGAGCGAGAGCAAGCGCAGGGCGAUCGCGUGCGUCGGCAUGGGCGUGGAGAAUAAGGUAAUCAUGCGCUUCGACGAAGUGUUCUGGCCGCGGCGCGCGAAAUUUUUUCAGUGCACGGAUCAGCGGUUCCGGUUCCUCAACCUCCACGCCUACGGGAAGCAAAACACGCUGUGCGCGCACGUCGCGCCGCCGUUCGGCGAGGGUUUCGACGGCAUGACCGAUGAGGAGGUCUUAACCGAAGUCAUCGGGACGUUACGGAGAAUGUUCAAAAAGAACAACGCCGCGGCGUCGACGCGCGCGAAACUUUUGGAUCACCGCGUCACGCGAUGGGGCGAGGACCCCUUCUCUUGCGGCGCCUACUCGUACAUGCGCGUCGGGUCCACGAAAGCGGACAUCGACGCGCUACGCGCGCCAGAGCACGACGACCGCGUGCACUUCGCCGGCGAGGCGUGCAGCGUCGAGGGCGCGCAGUGCGUCCACGGCGCUUUGCUCACCGGCCAGGGCGCGGCGGCGGCGAUUCUGCGCGCGUGCGGCGCCGCCGUGGAUCCGUCCGCGCUCCUCGGCGGCGACGUCGGCUUGUCCUCCGACGACGCCGACCCCGCGGCGUUCAACGGCGACGGCGACGACGUCGGCCCGCCGGAGUCGUGGGCGCAGUGCGCGAUCGCGCAGUGCGGCCGUUGGCGUCGCGUGCCGGUUCAUAUCCCCGCGGAGAGCCUCCCGGACGACUGGACCUGCGGCGACUGCCACUGGCACGAGGGGAUUCGAGAGCACGCGUGCGCGGCGCCGCAAGAACCGUGGCCGGACCUGCCGGGGUGGGACGACGACGACGAGGCGAGCGUGAUGAGCGCGAAGGCGGUGUGGAACGCGUGGACGCACACGUGGAAGAAGGAAGCGGAAGAGAAGAAGAGCGGGAAGAGGGGGCACGCGAGGGACUGGCUCAGCGGGUGA